AUGAGGGAGACAGGAGGGGGCGAUUCGGGAUUUGGAAAUCCAGGAUUCUUUGGGACUGGCAGUGAGGGUGAUCCAGGAUUCCUUGAGACUGGCAGUGAAGGUGGUCCAGGAUUAGGAAAUCCCGAAUUCUUUGGGAUGGGUAGAGACGGUGGUCCGAGAUUUGGUAGUCUUGGAGUUGGGACUGGCAACGAUGGAGGAUCGGGUUUUAAACCCGGAAGGGUUGGGGUUGGUAGUGAGGGUGACUUGAGAUUUGGUAGUUUCGGGUCAUUUGGGACCGGCGACAAGGGAAGAUCGGGGUUUUCCGUUCCUGGGAAGGUUGGGUCUUGUACUGAGGGUGACUCGGGAUUUGGUAGUUUCGGGUCAUUUGGGACUGGCGACAAGGGAAGAUCGGGGUUUUCCGUUCCUGGGAAGGUUGGGUCUUGUAUUGAGGGUGACUCGGGAUUUGGUAGUUUCGGGUCAUUUGGGACUGGCGACGAGGGAAGAUCAGGGUUUUCCGUUCCUGGGAAGGUUGGGUCUUGUAUUGAGGGUGAUUCUGGAUUUGGUAGUUUAGGGUCAUUUGGGACUGGCGACGAGGGAAGAUCGGGGUUUUCCGUUCCUGGGAAGGUUGGGUCUUGUAUUGAGGGUGACUCUGGAUUUGGUAGUUUCGGGUCAUUUUGGAAUGGCGACAAGGGAAGAUCAGGGUUUUCCGUUACUGGGAAGGUUGGGUCUUGUAUUGAGGAUGACUCAGGAUUUGGUAGUUCCGGGUCAUUUGGGACUGGAGACGAGGGAAGAUCGGGGUUUUCUGUUCCUGGGAAGGUUGGGUCUUGUAUUGAGGGUGACUCUGGAUUUGGUAGUUUCGGGUCAUUUGGGACUGGCGACGAGGGAAGAUCGGGAUUUUCCGUUCCUGGGAAGGUUGGGUCUUGUAUUGAGGGUGACUCUGGAUUUGGUAGUUUCGGGUCAUUUUGGAAUGGCGACAAGGGAAGAUCAGGGUUUUCCGUUCCUGGGAAGGUUGGGUCUUGUAUUGAGGAUGACUCAGGAUUUGGUAGUUCCGGGUCAUUUGGGACUGGAGACGAGGGAAGAUCGGGGUUUUCUGUUCCUGGGAAGGUUGGGUCUUGUAUUGAGGGUGACUCUGGAUUUGGUAGUUUCGGGUCAUUUGGGACUGGCGACGAGGGAAGAUCGGGAUUUUCCGUUCCUGGGAAGGUUGGGUCUUGUAUUGAGGGUGACUUAGGAUUUGGUAGUUUAGGGUCAUUUGGGACUGGCGACGAGGGAAGAUCGGAGUUUUCCGUUCCUGGGAAGGUUGGGACUUGUAUUGAGGGUGACUCGGGAUUUGGUUGUUUUGGGUCAAUUGGGACUGGUGACGAUGGAAGAUUGGGAUUUUGCAUUCCCGGUAAAGUUGGGUCUGGUAGGGAGGGUGUUUCGGGAUUCGGUUGUCUUGAGCCAAUUGGAACUGGAAAUGCGGGAAGAUCAGGGUUUCCCGUAUCUGGAGUUGGGUCUGGUAGAGAGGGUGACUUGGGAUUUGGUAGUCCCCGACUAUUUGGGACUGGUAUUGACGGUGAGUUGGGCGUUGGUAGAUCUGGAUCUACCGUUCGGGCUAAACGAGCCUCACCUAAUUGUAUCAACGUGAUAGUAAAAAGGAACCAAAUAACAAGGUGA